CACAUGCGCAGUUAACAGCAGUCGGACAGCUGUAGGAAAGGAAUGAUGGCGUCUUCCGCAGCUCGUUGUUCAGCACGCUGGUUAUCGGUGGCCGUCUCCACAGGGCACCGGCGGGCCUGCUCCACGCUCGUUUCGGCCCACACCGGUGGAGCCCGUCCUGUCACAAAAUGGGCACCCCAGGCGAUUGGACCUCGGGGCGGCGUGUUGAGCAGUGGAUCCGGGAAUCCCUUGACAUUGAGAGGGCUGUCAGGUGUGAAGCCCCCCCACGUCAUCUGCAGGCUGGCCUUCCACACCAGCGCCCCCACGUCCAGCAAGCAGGACUUCUACCAGGUGCUGGGCGUGCCUCGCACUGCCACUCAGAAGGAGAUCAAGAAAGCUUAUUACCAGAUGGCCAAGAAGUACCACCCCGACACAAACAAAGACGAUCCCCAGGCUAAAGAGAAGUUCGCCCAGCUGGCGGAAGCUUAUGAGGUGCUGAGCGACGAGGUGAAGAGGAAGCAGUACGACACGUACGGCUCGGCCGGGUUCGACCCGAGCCAGGCCGGCGCCGGCCAGCAGCAGUACUGGAGAGGAGGGGCCAGCGUGGACCCGGAGGAGCUCUUCCGCAAGAUCUUCGGGGAGUUCUCCGGGGCGCAGGGGUUCGGGGACUUCAACGCCAUGUUCAAUCAGCCCCAGGAGUACGUGAUGGAGCUGACGUUCAUGCAAGCGGCGAAGGGCGUGAACAAAGAGAUAACGGUCAACAUGGAGGACACCUGUCAGCGCUGCGACGGCAAGGGCAGCGAGCCGGGGACGAAAGUGCAGCACUGCCACUACUGUAACGGGACCGGCAUGGAAACCAUAAACACGGGGCCCUUUGUGAUGCGUUCCACCUGCCGCCGCUGCGGUGGGCGGGGCUCCGUCAUGACCACGCCCUGCGUGUCGUGCCGCGGGACGGGGCAGACCAAGCAGAGGAGGACGGUCAUGGUUCCCGUGCCCGCAGGUGUGGAGGAUGGCCAGACGGUCCGGAUGCCCGUGGGGAAGAAGGAGAUCUUCAUCACGUUUCGAGUCCAGAGGAGCCCGGUGUUCAGGCGGGACGGGGCGGACAUCCAUUCAGACGCUCUGAUCUCAGUGGCCCAGGCCAUCCUGGGGGGUUCAGCGCGCGCCCAGGGGCUCUACGAGACCAUCAACAUCUCGAUCCCUGCUGGGAUCCAGUCUGACCACCGGAUCCGUCUGUCAGGGAAGGGGAUCCCCCGGAUGAACAGCUACAGUUACGGAGACCACUACAUCCACAUCAAGAUCCGCAUCCCCAAGACGCUGACGGACAGGCAGAGGGCUCUCAUCCUGAGCUACGCUGAGGACGAGGUGGACGUGGAAGGCACGGUCAACGGUGUGACUGCCACCGCUGCGGGUGGGGGCAGCAGAGGUCGGCAGGGAGAGGCAGAGGCAGAGCCAGAGGAGAACAAGCAGGAGGCUGGCUUCCUCUCCAAAUUAAAGAAAAUGUUUAGCUGACAGCCACAACCCAGGUAAAAGGUCUGCAGGAAACUAAGGACAGACAGUCAGACAGUGGGGAGGGGGGGUUGGAGAGGACGGCUGGGGUGUCGUCGAGGAUCAGCCGGAACCACAGGUUGGCUCGUGUGAGGAUCCGAAUCCGAACCCGAACCCGUCCCGGAAGCCGACGUCACCUUGUACGCGCCCCGCCGAAGGAACUCAUCCUACACCACGAAACGCAUCACAAAGGAACACCGAACCGCCAAGUCGCCCUGGUUACUAACGCCCCCCCCCCCCACCACCACCACCCUAUUGUGAGGGAGCUGGCAUCGUGUCUUUGCUGGUUCUCACCCCCUGUACAACAGCAGCCUAACGCUAUGCUAACUGGACUACUCACUUAUCAUGUACAUGUUUGGAAAUCUACCAGCACAGGAAAGGGUACGUUUAUUUGAAAUGGUGUCAUUUGAAGGAAAAGAAAACAUGUAUUCUGUCUGGACAUAUGUUUGGCAUUUUCUGUGAGAAAUGUUUGAAUGUGUGGGGAAUUGUGAUUGUUCGUUUUCAUCUUAGCUCCAGCUGUUUGGAGUGCAUCUUCAGUUCAGUAGAAACCAUUUUACAGCUGGGAGUCUUCCGCCCCCCAAGUUGCCUCGAAGGUUAAUGUUUAAAGGGAUAGUUCACUCACUUUCUGUGUGUCGCUGAUAUCAGAGUACUAGCUGCUAUGGAGUUAUUGGAAGUGACGUUUUCUUGUUUUAAACCACAAACUUGAAAAUGCUCUACACAUGCCCCUGCAAAGCCGGCCGGUUGCCAGAAACGUCCUUCACCGCUCACAGUCUGGGCCAAUCGGAAACUCUCAAAGUGAACUGUCCCUUUAAAUGGUGGGGUCCAUUGUGUUAAAAGGCACUGUGAGAAAAAUGGAACCCACAGUAAGUCUUUGGUUGGCCGCGCUUAGUGUUUCCAAGAAUCCGCCCCAUAUGGGCCGGCUGACUCUGGAUUAGCAACUGUUGUUCCCUUCGCUCUUAGACAGAUGACCGGGUGACCGUCCUAAUCCCAGCCAUUCGGUGUCAAAUAUUCACUCAGUUCCUCGGGGUAAUAAAGUGGUUUGUUCAGCCGUAUGGUUACCCACUUUUCCCAUGUGAUUCCUCAUCAAAUGCCGCCCCCCCCCCUUCAAGAAACCUAAACAUAUUACUAGCUCCAGGUAUAUGAACGUAUUACCAACUCGUUAAAAUACUUAAAAUAAAAACCAGUGUCCAGGACGACAGAUUUCAAGGGUUUUAUUUUUAUGUUUGCCUAACCUUAGUUUGUCUACAGUAUAAUUUUUUUUUAGAAGUACAGAACAGUACCGUGAAGGUUCCGGCUGGUAGCCAAGCAGGUUAAAUCUGUUUUAAUCGUCUAGGCGUUUAGGCUUUUCAGCUGCGUCCGCUUCCCUGGCAUCACCAAGCUCAUGUGACCACGUGCGUGUGUCAGCUGAUGCGCUGCAUUUGCCAUGGUGACGGUGACAAGACAUCCAGAUGUUGAACAAUGGGAAAAUGGUAAACACAGCGUUGCAGCCAAAACAGAGCACCAAAUGCGUGACUGCUGUGCUCACACCCCCCCGACCUCCCCAGCAUAAACACGCACAUUUACACAAAGCAAGUCAUGGCGAACGAAAAUCCCAGUCUGUACACAGUAGCUCUGUACAUAGAUUCAGUUGUUAUGGAAGAUAUACUGAUGUCGCAUAGUUGGAACAGGACGGACAAUAAAUCUAUAUGAAUACAAACAUGAAA